AUGAUCAGAGUCGUCUGUGAGACGUGCCGGGUGCCGGGGCCGGGGCCGGGCGUCACCUGCCGCUGUCUCCUCCGCUCCCUCACUAAUAACACCCCACAGUUAUUCCGUUCGCAACAGGCGGCGGCGGCCGGCGGGCAGGCUGCUGCGGCACAGUUACAGCUGCUGCAGCAACAGCAACAACAGCAGUUCCAGCUGCAGCAACAGCUCGCCGCACAGCAGGCUUUCACACAGGCGCCGUACGUGAUCAACGCCGGCCAGGAAGGCGCGCCGUACGUGAGCGCGUUGAUCGCGGGCGUGCCGCCAUACUAUGGAGUGGCGGCGCCCUGGGGAGUAUACCCCGGGCUGGUGGCGCAGCCGGCACAGCAGCAGGCCCAGCAGCCGCGGCGCCCUCUGACGCCGCAGCAGGGCGAGCAGCAAGUGAACGGCCAGGGACAGUACGUGAUCCCCUACUACGACCCCGGCUCGCUGGUGAUGGGCGGCAGGAACGGGACGCCGCUGAGGCUGGUGUCGCCCGGAGGAGUGCUCGCGCCCAGACAGUACCCCGCGCCCGCACACCCCGCCGCCACGCCCGCGCCGCAACCGGCCGCGCAGCAGCAGCAACAACAACAACCAGAAUUGAGCGACAGAGAGAGCAGGAGAGACAGAGAGAGAGAGACAGGGAUGUAUGUGGUUACAGGAGCGUGUGCCGGAGGAGCGGGCGGCCCUGCCGGCAGGAGGGACUCGCUGGAGUUCGGCGGGGGCCUGCAGGACUACACGCGCAAGUGGGGGCCUUCACCGCUGUCCCCGCCGCUGGGGGCCCUCGGACCCGUGGGGCUCCGGCCGGUGUCCGCCGCGCCCGGGGCCGAGACCGCCAAGUACAGAGUGAGCAGUUUAGCGCAAGGCCUGACCUCCAACAGUGGAAUGUUCGGUUCGUCGUCAUCACUAUUGAGCAAACUGAGCGGUGUCGGAACCAUCUCAGAGCUGGUCGGUGGUGGUGUGGGGAGCGUGGGCGGCGUGGGCGUGGGUGGGGUGGGCGCUUUGGUGGCGGGCGAUAAGCCGGCCGCUGGACGCUCACGGCUACUAGAAGACUUCCGCAACAACCGCUUCCCUAACCUGCAGCUGAGGGACCUGGCCAACCACAUCGUGGAGUUCUCACAGGACCAGCACGGCUCCAGGUUUAUACAACAGAAGUUAGAGAGAGCAACAGUUCAAGAGAAACAGAUGGUGUUUAAUGAAAUUAUCGGCGCCGCGUACAGUCUCAUGACGGACGUGUUCGGAAACUAUGUUAUACAGAAGUUCUUCGAGUUCGGCACGACGGAACAGAAGACGACGUUAGCUCAAAAGGUGCGCGGACACGUGCUGGCGCUGGCGCUGCAGAUGUACGGCUGUCGGGUCAUACAGAAGGCGCUGGAGUCCAUCCCGCCCGAGCAGCAGCAGGAGGUGGUGCGCGAGCUGGACGGACACGUGCUCAAGUGUGUCAAGGACCAGAACGGGAACCACGUGGUACAAAAAUGUAUAGAGUGCGUCGAACCGGCGGCGUUACAGUUUAUAAUAAACGCGUUUGCUGGCCAAGUGUACGCGCUGUCGACUCACCCCUACGGCUGCCGAGUGAUACAACGCAUCCUGGAGCACUGCACGGCCGAGCAGACCGCGCCCGUGCUGGCCGAGCUGCACGCGCACACCGACCAGCUCAUACAGGACCAGUACGGUAACUACGUGGUCCAACACGUGCUGGAGCACGGCGCGGCGGAGGACAGGUCGCGGCUGGUGGCCGGCGUGCGGGGGAAGGUGCUGCAGCUGUCACAGCACAAGUUCGCCUCCAACGUGGUCGAGAAGUGUGUCACGCACGCCACGCGCAACGAACGGGCCCUGCUCAUCGACGAGCUGUGCGGGUUUAACGAUAACGCUCUCCACGUGAUGAUGAAGGACCAGUACGCCAACUACGUGGUCCAGAAGAUGAUCGACGUGGCGGAGCCGACGCAGCGGAAGGUGCUGAUGCACAAGAUCCGGCCCCACAUCGGCUCGCUGCGCAAGUACACGUACGGGAAGCACAUCAUCGCCAAGCUGGAGAAGUUCUUCAUGAAGGCGCCCGAGCUGGGCCCCAUCGGGCCGCCGCCGCCCAACCCGGUCCUGUAG